AUGGCACUCUUCUGGAAGCAGGAAGUGGCACUCUCCGUUCUUUCCUCCUGUGAUAACUACAUUGAGACUUCCAUAACCUACAAGGCCAAAACCUUCAUUACUCACUUCAUAUAUGGAGAACCGGAUCACUCAAAAAGGAAGGAGAGAGCGGAAGGCACCUUUGGCGAUUUCAGAGUCUUCCUAUCCCAAUGUGACCUCUACGACGUUCCAUAUUCCGGAAACCCGCUAUCGUGGAGAGGAGUAAGAUACUCCCACCUAGUCCACUGCCGACUAGACCGAGCCCUUUCGAAUGGUUUAUGGGCCGAUCUCUUCCCUUAUAGCAGAAGUCUCUAUUUAGAGUUUGAGGGAUCAGACCACAGACCCCUCCUCUCCCUCCUGGAACCACACAUGAAAAAGAAGAGAGGAAUCUUUCGUUACGACAGGAGCCUUAACGAAAACGAAGAAAUAAAAGUGAUUAUUGAGAAGGCAUGGAACUCAUCUUCAAGAGCAACGGUGGAACAACGGAUAUCGACCUGUAGACGAGAAAUCUCGAGAUGGAACCAUAAACACCAGCAAAACUCUCAGAAGAUAAUCAAGGAGGAGAAACAAAAGUUAGAAGAAGCCAUGAGCUCCUCUGUCCUAAACCAAGAGGUAAUCGCAGAGAUUAACCAGAAGCUCAAAAGUGCGUACCAGAAGGAGGAGGAGUACUGGAGGCAGCGGAGCAGAACCCUCUGGCUUGCCCUGGGAGACAGAAACUCCGGUUAUUUCCACGCAGUGACAAGAGGAAGAAGAACAAUUAAUAAACUUGCGGUAAUAGAAGAUAACGAAGGAACAGCAAUAUCCUCAAACUGCGUCGACAUUGUAAACCAAGCUAUUCAACCUUGUAUAACCCCGGAAACAAACGAAGUCUUGAUAACAGACCCCUCACCAGAAGAGAUCAAGGAGGCUCUUUUCUCUAUCAACCCUGACAAGGCCCCGGGUCCAGACGGAUUCUCAGCCUGUUUUUUCCAAAAAAAUUGGUUAGUAAUGGGUCCAAACAUCACAACAGAAAUACAAGAGAUCAUAUCUACUGGAAUUCUGCCUAGCUCCCUAAACAACACGCAUGUACGACUGAUCCCAAAGGUCCCUAGCCCCAAAACAGUUGCUGAGUUCAGACCCAUCGCUCUGUGUAAUGUGUACUACAUGAUCAUCUCGAAAAUCCUGACUAAGAGACUAUAA